AUGAUGACGAUGAAACUCCUCUAUUAUGAUGAUGGUAUGUGUAAUCGCUUUCACUGAUUAUUACAAGACUUUAAUUAAGAAGACAAAGAAGUAAAAUCAAAUAUGAAUAAACUGUAUCUGACUCGUCCCCAGUCGCUCAUCUCGGGUUGAAUGAUGGGAAAGCAUCCUUUCAAAUAGGGCAAUCCCAUGGACCUUUACGUCCUAAUGUUCCAACCCGCAAACGCCUGCAAAAUAUUAAUUUUUUCCAAGCAAAUUUGAAGGACUGUUGAAAAGUCAGAUACUGUAUGCCUCGAAUCGAAACUUCUGUGUUCGAAAUCGAAUUUAUUUAAAGUCCCUAUUUUGAUAGAUUCUGGUUGAAUUUUCUCAAGCGAUCAACAAACGUCCAACUUCGGUUACUAUUAAAUAUUUUCUAAAUUUAAAUCAUUUUUGCUUUAGUUACACCACCUGACUACCAGCCUCCAGGAUUUGAGGUAUUUCAACAAUCUGCAAUUACACUCAGGCAUUUAUUACUUGUUUUAUAAUUAUAACAAGCACCUUGUAAAUUCGUCAGUGGCGCAGUCUUCAGAGAAAGCGCGUUUCACCUCAGAAAUCAUAAGCUGGGUUCUCGUUCAGAACUCACGAAAUUUAUCUUCGUAGUCAGUCGAGUCGUGUGCUUGGUUUUUUUCUCCCAAGGUUGGCUUACAGGAUGUAUAGAAGUAGUGUGCAUAACUGCAUAUAGAAGUAAAUUCAUGACCACGUCAGCAUUAUCUGUAGCAAAAUAGCGUGAUUAAAUGCAUAGCGUGAUUAAAUUAUUAAUUAUCUAACAAGCUACGGUGGCCAUACAAUUGCUCAUGCCAAAUGCAUCAUAGGGUCUAAAAGUGAGACGUAUUUUGUGUAUGAUUCAUGUCUUGUAUUAUAUUCUGUUUUUGUGAUUUAUGUCUUGUAUUAUAUUUUCAUCAGUAAACCUUGUAUUAUUCCACAGGAUACUGAAUAUUUGGGACAUAACUUUGGAGAAGGUGUUUAUCGAAUUGAUGUUGGUGAUAUUACCACGGUAAAGAACUCUGUCUAUACCUAUUCAUCAAAAUAUAUAAUUUAUGCUAAAACAAAGGCCAUUAGAAAAUUACGAAGACGGAUAACAGGGCUUGAAAUAAGGUUUCCAAAUUAUUGGUUCCUGAUCAUAUGGGCAAUUAACAAUGUGUCAUAUACGAUGAAACCUACAUUUGCAAUAUUUUAUUCGACGCGCGGACUUAUUCCAUUCUCUCAUUUCCUGUUUUGUGCAAACUCUUUUGUGUCCAUUAAAUGUUUCAGUUCAAGUUUGUUGUUGACAACUGCCCCACUGCUCAUGAAAUAAAAGCCAUUCUCCAAUCACGGUGGAAUGCGAACACAGACAGUAGACUGAGAACAAGAUUUCGUGCGAAGUUGUAAUGUUUCUAUAUCAGAUUUAGCACCAAGCCUCGACUUGGUGUUGUUGUUCUUGACUAUUGUUCUUGACGACUACAGCGUUCGGAAAUGACCUUAUUAGCUGUGUCGUUAAGAAGACGCACACCAACAUGGAUCGACUGGUAUUGACUAAACAGGCUUAUUAAUGCUUCCUUAUUUCUUUCAUAUAAUUUUGGUGGAUAAUUCAUGCAGCCUUUUCACAUGUAAGUAAAAUUUGAUUUGUUAAAUUAAUUAAAUGCUCAAAUUAAGGUCGUUCUAGACGAUGUCGUACACGACUGUCAAUCUGGUUGCACGACAACACAAUUGACAAGUUCUUUGCAUUUAGUUUAUGGCGAAAUAUCUCUACCUGUGUUUAUUCGAUUACAUACGCCAGAAUAAGAAUCGUAUACGACUCAAAUCAUAUCGCAUAGACAGAGAGGCCUUUAGACAUAUCAUGAUAUCCCAGCCAGGUUUAUAUGAACGUCGGCAAUGAAUGCAUCCUUGGCGUUCAUACAGUUAUAAUUCUUCUAUCUGAUAAGUCAUCUAUUUUAAAGAGGGAGCAAUGGUUGAGCCUUAAACCAUUUCUUUUUGCACGAAGCGACUUAAUGACGAUGAUAUUAAGUGAUACAUAGGCAAAAGUCGCUUAGCGCGUUGGCAAACUAGUUUGUACCAAAUGUUACAGCAGUAUAUAGCAGUACGCCCGCAUCGAAACUUGAAUGUGAAUUUCAGGGUUGCCCACGUAUUGUGACCUUGAUACUGCAAUGUUUGCAAAUCUCUACGAAGUUUAACCUGAUAUCUACAGUUGCACGUGAGUUGCAAGUUUAACCUGAUAUCUAUUGUUGCACGAUAUCAUGGUAUCUAGGGUUCCUCUAGUGGGAGAAGUGGGAUGAGCCUUCUAACACCAAAUGUUUCCACAGUAGUUUCAGAAUCCACAUCAAAAUUUUCUAUUCUAAUUUUGCUUAAUAUUGAAGAGUUGUUAUCUGGGAAAGAUUAAAUUACCUUUUAACUUGAUAUCUAGGGUUGAACUACUGUACUGUUCAGUGGGAGAUGUGGAAUGAGUCCUCUAACACCAAAUGUUUCCACUGUAUAGUUUUGACGUAAUAUAUGAACAACGAGAGCGAGUGUUUCACCGGGAUAUCCAAACACUCGAAAACAAUGUAUGAAAACACGAGCGCGAACAGUCGAGACGUAACAGAAUGUUUUCCUUUGCUGACUUGAAUAGAAUUCUUAACCAAGUAUAAUGUAAUUAGGAAUUCUAUUCAAGACAAGUAAUUUUGCAUGCGUAAUUAAGAUAUUUGAUGAAAGUACUUGUGACUUUCAUCAAGUUUCACCGGGUUAUCCAAAUGGCAUCUUGUGAUCAAAUAGGUGAUUAUCAUUGGCUGAAUUGCUCAUGAAUUAUUAAUGAAUUUGAGAAACUCAUAUCAAAAUUUCAAUUUUAAUUAUUAUUAUUCUACUUCUAACCGUAAAGGCCCACACAGACCGGACGCGAUUCGGCAACGCGACGCGACUGAAUUGUCAGUUUUCAAAAACAAAUAAAACCGUCAACGGAUAAAAAUUUUACAAGAUAUGCAGGCCAAAUAACUAAAAUUGCUUAAGUGGUUCCGAAUAUUUGAAAAACAUACAAAAUAGUAAAGUAUGAUGUCAUUGAAAUUUGAAAAUUCACGUCGCGACUGAUGACGAAUCGCGUCCGGUCUGUAUAGGCCUUAAUCCGCGAUUAAACUUGCCGAAAAACCGUGCGAUAAAGUCGCGAGAUAGUAUCUUCACCGUAAACCGCUACAAAAAUCGAUUCUUUUCAGUAAUCCGACUCACAAAAUAGGCUGAAACCGCUUAACCGCCAGACUAUAAUAGGCCCCCUGGUAAAACAAUUAGUAAAUUACCUAAUUGUUAAUCUUAAUCUUAAAUUACCUUUUCCUUUGAUAUUUAGGGUUGGACUACGUGUUCAGUCUAAGAUGCAGGCUAAAUAUCGUCGCCCUGAUGAAACUAGUCAUGCGAAAGAUGAAAUCAACCAUCAUGAGAUGCAAGAAGAUGAAUCCUAUCUUGACCGUGAACCUGAUGCCAAGUUAAAGACUGAAGAUCACAAACACGUUGAGGAG